GGGACGCCGGCCGCGAGCUGCCUAGGGAGGGACGCGGGGAGGGACGGAGCUCAGCGCGCUUGCUGCUGGAGGGUUAUGGGCCUGAGCGGCUUCAGCCUGCGAUCUGACUCGGAGUUGGCGACACGGGGUUCGCAGAGGCGCGGGACUCCGGACCGACAUUGAGCGGGGCGCGCGGCGAGCACCCGAGGUCCCCACGCGUUCCACGUCCGCAACCUCACAGCAAGGCUGGGACCCGCUCUGCAAACCGCUGCUUGUCUUCCCCCAGACCAUGUCCGCGGCUCCCGGGACUCCGCGCGGUGAAAACUGGCCGGACGUCGAACCCAGGACCCUUCCCGGCUGCGCGCCUCCCUGCCUGGACCAGGUCUGAGCGCGCUGCCCGGGCGGCUCGUGCGGAGGAAGGAUUUUCUCUGCGUGCUGUUGUCUCUAAAUUUUCUCCAGAAACCCACGGCCACCGGGCCCCUGAGUCUUAGAAGAAAGGGGCGGCUCCCUCCGCCACACCUUCAACACCCAGGAAAAUGGGGAGCAAGGCCCUGCCGGCGCCCAUCCCGCUCCACCCGUCGCUGCAGCUCACCAAUUACUCCUUCCUGCAGGCUGUGAACACCUUCCCCGCCGCUGUGGACCACCUGCAAGGCCUGUACGGCCUGAGCGCCGUGCAGACUAUGCACAUGAACCACUGGACCCUGGGAUACCCAAGCGUGCAGGAGAUCACUCGCUCCACCAUCACGGAGAUGGCGGCAGCGCAAGGCCUAGUGGACGCGCGCUUCCCUUUACCGGCUCUGCCUUUUACCACCCACCUCUUUCACCCCAAGCAGGGAACCAUUGCCCACGUCCUGCCUGCCCUGCACAAAGACCGACCCCGUUUUGACUUUGCCAACUUGGCCGUGGCCGCCACACAAGAGGAUCCCCCCAAAAUGGGAGACCUGACCAAGCUGAGCCCUGGGCUGGGGACUCCCAUCUCAGGCCUCAGUAAAUUGACUCAGGACAGAAAGCCUUCCCGAGGGAGAUUGCCCUCCAAAACGAAAAAAGAAUUUAUCUGCAAGUUUUGUGGCAGACACUUUACCAAAUCCUACAACUUGCUCAUCCACGAGAGGACCCACACGGAUGAGAGGCCCUACACGUGUGACAUCUGCCACAAGGCAUUCAGGAGGCAAGAUCACCUGCGGGAUCACAGGUAUAUCCAUUCUAAAGAAAAGCCAUUCAAAUGUCAGGAGUGUGGGAAAGGAUUUUGUCAGUCUCGAACUCUGGCAGUUCACAAAACUUUGCAUAUGCAGGAAUCUCCACACAAAUGCCCCACAUGUGGAAGAACCUUUAAUCAGAGAAGUAAUCUGAAAACUCACCUUCUCACCCAUACAGACAUCAAGCCCUACAGCUGUGAGCAGUGCGGCAAAGUGUUCAGGCGAAACUGUGAUCUGCGGCGGCACAGCCUGACUCACACCCCGCGGCAGGACUUCUAGAGAAGCCCAGGAUCUGUCCCGGGCCGCCGCUGCUCCCUUUCCCAGACACCUCACCACGCCUACCACCUGGGGGGGGGGUCCCCCAUCCACCCCACCUUUCACAGACCCCAGCUCUCCCCUUGCUGCAGACGCACCUGCAGCUCCAGGGAGUUAACUCUUCUUCUCAAGGACUGAGAACUGUAGAAAGCCACACAUAUUCAUCCCUUCACCAAGAGCAUAUGCUAGUUUCUUGUAGAUAUUCACAGCUCAUUUUAGAGCUCUGUACAGAAUGUCAUGAAUCUUUGUUUUGUCGUCUUGUUUGUUUUUGUAUCUUGUGGGAUGCAUCUAGAUAUGGAAAAUGGAAGCCAAUUUUAUCUUUAAAGACUGUAUUUUCAAAAUAAAACUUUUUCUUGUUUGUUUCAA